AUGCCUCCUAAGGUGGACGUAUCAAUACUAAUUGCGAAAAGAGAUAGUACAAUAGUCGCACUGUACGAACUUUUAGAAGAAUUUCAAGUGCUUUACAAAGUUCUGCCCGUAUUAAGUACGCUUGAAAAUGUUUACAGAGAAAUGGAAAUUAAGUACAGAAGUGUUAAAAACAGCAAGAGACAAUUAUGGAUAGGCUAAUUGAGACGGGAUCUACAGAAGAACAACUUAAGGCUAAUCAGGUCGGAGAUAAAGUUAGAGGCGAUUUUCUAAAAUACAGCGAAAUUUUUGCCACUUAUCAAAAAGCGUGCAACUCCCAAGAACCACCGCUUAAGCACGAUCCGCUCGAAGCUAUGACUACAGCAGUAACCAAAAUGGCAGACGUUUUAGGUUCGCAAAAGACCGCUAGUCACGGACUUGAGAAGUUAUCAGUGCCAACAUGA